AUUUUGGCUAUAAAGUCUUGGCACGGCGUAUAGGAGGUAUACACACCACCGCAUUUGCAGUGGUGUAUGAUAUAAUUUCCUCCUUGUGUGUAUGCUUAGCUGUAAUCUCUCUCUCUUAUUAUUUCUCUUUUUCCUGGCCAUUCUCUCUCCACUCUAGUCUUUAUUAUCGUCUUUACGCUAGCCAUUUAAUCUCUCUUCUGUCUAUCUUGCAAUCAAAAGGCGAUUUUGUUUCAGUUAUGAAGACGAAAGACACUGAGGCUACGAAGAUUGGGGCGUCGAAGAAGACAGUUGUGAACAAGAUUGGGGCGAUGAAGAAGAAGACAGUUGUGAAGAGAGAUUCUGAUAAAUCUUCUCCUAGUAUAGAGCUCAAGAAAAAUACCGAUGCAAAACAAGGGCUGACAGAAGAUGCCAAUCCGAAAUUUGAAACAAAAGGGAAAGAAAAUCUGAGUACACCUGAUGGUGUUGCUCGGGGAACUGUAAGUUACGUGGGGUUUCCUGCUCCAAAAUCUGCAGAGAAGAAGCCAACCCCAAAAUCGAAAUCACCUGCUGCAUCAAAGGCCAACCCAAAAAAACUGGAACCCAACAAGCCCAAACCGCAAGAAAGCUCAAAGAAAAUUGAUGGUGCUACUUCCAAGAAGGAGGUUUCUAAACCAGCGUUCAAGUCAGAUAAAGUAGAAGAGACCCAAGAAUCUGAUGAUAAGGACAAAGUUGAGGGCCUCCAAAAUGCCCAUGACACAAAGGAUUCUGCCCAUGAUGCAGUUAAGGUAGAAAGGGAUGAAGAAAAUGAAGAUACAAAAACAGAAGAUGGACACGCCUAUCAUGAGGAUGCUAUUGAUGGCUUGGAUGAGAUGGUGGAGUAUGAGGAGCCGGAGGGUUUUGAGGAACCUGGGGAUGAUGAAGGUGAUGUGGAUGAAGGAGAUGAAGCAGGGGAAAUGGAGGCUGAACAAGAGAUUGAGAUGAAGGAAGUUAUGAAGGAAAGACAACUUAAGAAGGAGCAGGAGAUAUUUGUUGGUGGGUUGGAUAAAGAUGCUGUGGAAGAUGAUCUUAAGAAGGCGUUUGAGAAAAUAGGGGAAGUUGUUGAAGUUCGAUUGCUCAAGAAUCAUAUUACAAACAAGAACAAGGGAUUUGCUUUUGUGAAAUUUGCAACCAAAGAACAAGCAAGCCGUGCUGUUUCAGAGUUGAAAAAUCCAGUGAUUCGUGGGAAACGCUGUGGUGUUGCUCCUAGUGAGGACAAUGAUACCUUGUUCCUAGGGAACAUUUGUAACACUUGGACCAAGGAAGCUAUUAAGAAAAAGCUUAUGGAGUAUGGGGUAGAUGGUGUGGAGACUAUCACUUUAGUUGCGGAUCCACAGCAUGAAGGUUUAAGCAAGGGUUUUGCUUUUGUGGAAUUCUCAUGUCACAUGGAUGCUAUGAAUGCAUACAAACGGCUGCAACAACCAGAUGUUAUAUUUGGCCACCCCGAAAGGACUGCCAAAGUUGCAUUUGCUGAACCAUUACGUGAACCAGAUCAGGAGGUCAUGGCCCAGGUCAAGUCUGUUUUUGUUGAUGGGCUGCCGCCACAUUGGGAUGAAGACCGCGUAAGAGAGCAAAUGAAAUAUUAUGGAGAAAUUGAACGUGUUGUACUGGCACGUAACAUGCCCACUGCCAAGAGGAGAGACUUUGGGUUUGUCAAUUUUACAACUCAUGAUAGCGCUGUUGCUUGUAUUGAAGCCUUGAAUAGCACAGAGUUGGUUGAUGGGAAGAACAAGGUCAAAACAAGAGCUAGACUUGCAAAUCCUCUGCCCAAGACACCUGCAGUGAAGGGUGGAAUGCGUGGUGGAUUUCGGAUUGGUAGUGGAAUGCGCUCUAGGUUUGGAAGAGGAUUUGAUUAUGGCAGGCGAGCUUUCUACCAUACAGGUUAUCAACGUGGUAGGGGAUUCUAUCCACGUGGUCGUGGCCGAGGAGGAAGGUUUUCCUACAGUGAUGAUCAUAUGAACACUUCAUUUUCAGAAUUCCAUGGGCAGAGGGGAGGAGGAAGAGGCCCUUCUAGGGGCGGUCACGUGGCUUAUCAUGAAGAAUUUGGUACACAGGGUCCUAUUUCAAGGGCUGGUCCAGAUCGGCCAAGGCGUGUUUCCUUUGAUGGGGUGAAUGACAGGCCUUUUCCACCUAGACCAGAAUUUCCACCUCAAGAAGAUUUUGACCGUACCUUUAGUGAUAGAUAUUAUAGUGAUGACUUCUAUGCAUUUGAUGGCAUGAGUCAUGGUAGGAAAAGGCCUUAUUCUUCUAUGGGCCAGGAUCCUGGUUAUUCUGAGCCUGGGUCUAGAAGCGGGCUACGCGGACGUUAUGGUUAUCCUGAUGCAGCACCUUCCAGGACUCGUUACCAAGAUUCUAUGGGUGCUGGAAGUGGGUUUUAUUCACAUGAUUACUAUGACACCGAGAAACAGUUCGGCCGCAGUCCAUAUUCAUCUCUGUAUAGAAGUGACCGUUCAUCAGGAGGCAGCUAUUAUUAUUAAAUCAAUUGUUUGAUAUUUCUCAUGGUAUCAUUUGGAGGCUACUUUGACGCUUGUUUGGAGUAGUGGAAUGAAUCAACCUGUUUGGGCAAGAUUUUGAAAGUGGAUGGUUUCAUGAAGCCUUGAAUGAGGUUUUUAGGCUGCCUAGCUCUAGGUCACUAGGAUCUAGACAUAUCCUUGUAGGUCUUUAGUAUCAUGGAAGCUGGCACAAGAGAUUUAUGCAGAGAUGUUGAAUGACAAUAGUUUGUUUGAUCUUUGUGACGGAUGUGGAUGUAUUUUGUUGUGUGAAAUUUAUCAAGUUUCAUGGGGAUCUCAAAUUUAUAUUAGUUGAUUUUCAAAUUGAGGAUGA